AUGGCCAAGAACAUGAAGAAGGCGUUGAUUCUUCUACUGACUACCUUGAAUGGAGCUGGACUAACCGAAUUCUGCAGCAGCAGCUGUCCAACAUACUGCUGGUGCGACAACAGAGGCCUCAGCAGUGUUCCUCAGCACCUGCCUACAGGCAUCAAUAUCCUCGGCUUGCAGUAUAACGUCAUUACAACCUUACACCAGACCGAUUUCUGCAGGUACAGUAGCCUGACAAUAUUAUAUCUUACUUCCAACCAGAUCUCCGUAAUUAACAGCAGAGUGUUCCAGAACUCAACCAGCUUAACACAACUGGACGUUAGCAGUAACCAGUUAACCACCCUACGAGCUGACAUGUUUGCGGGACUUGAUAACCUGCAGCGCCUUAGCCUGCAGCACAACAACAUCCACAGUAUCGAGGAAGGGACAUUCAACUCAACGCCGCAGCUCCGCUAUCUUAGACUUUACAAUAGCCACAUUAGCGCCAUCGCAGCUGGCACAUUUGUGAGCCUAUCUCAACUGUCUACUCUGGAUCUGUACAAUAACCAGUUAACAAGCCUCACAGCUGGAAUGUUUUUGGGACUUGAUAACCUUGAGACUCUUUAUCUGUAUAACAACAACAUCCACAGUAUCGAGGCAGGCACCUUCCCUACCCAGCAGCUCAGGAAUCUUUACCUUGAUAACAACAACAUCACCACCUUUGCAACAGGCGCUUUUGUAGAUCUGCCCCAUCUCAACACUCUUGACUUACAGUACAACAGCAUGGAGACACUAUCAGUCAUGGCAUAUGACAUACUGGCCUCCAUCCCAACUGUUGACAUCUCCAACAACCCCUGGCAGUGUGACUACAGGAUGUGCCCCUUUAAGCUAAGAAUGACCGGGUCUUACCCAUUUGAGAACCAGAUCAUCUGUGCCGGACCUGCUAACCUUGCAGGGAAAAGCUUACUACUGGACGUAAAUCCUAAUGAUCUUAUCUGUGAAGACAUAACAGCACUCUACUCCACACCAAGCGCCUCGUCUUCUGUAGAUCAUAGUACAAACUUUCCCUUGUCUACAACAACGGGAGAAGAUUUCUCUUCUUUGAGCACCUCACCUAUUACUCUGCUGGAAACUGCAACAUCAACAGUUUCAACAUCUCCAACAACUUCCAUAACAUCUAUCCAGCCAAGUGUCCAAACGACUGCCCACACAACUACGCCUGAAGACGUCCACUCUACACCUGGAGUGGCAGACGGCGAUACAGUCCCUCCUGCCUGCUCCUGCUCCCAGCCAGUCCUUCUCAGUGGGUUCACAGGCGCGGCCAUCGGAACUCUGCUCACCUCUGCCGUGUUCCUUGUAGUCUGGUGGCAUCACAGGAUGAAAAACAGCCCUACACCUGCACCUGACUUGACCGUUGUUUAUAACAGCGCAGAUUCCGCAGCUACUGUGACAACUUGUGCACCUGAUGACGUAGCUGGCGGAUCACAGCCAAUCACAGCCCACAGGCCGGAUCCGUACGACGCAGACCUGGGCCAUAGGCUGGUGAGACCUCACCUUCCCCCGAUAGAGGGCGCAGCUGCUGAUAGUUCUGAUGCUUCAAAUCGCCAUGACGCACUGAGGAGACUCUUUAUUCAUCAGCAAAACUGA